AUGAGUAGGCUAGUCGAAGAAGUUGUAAAAGCCCUAAAAUACAGUUUGAAAUUGAAACGAUUCUGGGUUGAUAGCAAGGUUGUUAUCUAUUGGCUUACAUCACAGUCUUCAAGAUUCAUCCCGUUCGUAGCAACGUGGAUUCAAGGAUUUCAGGUUUCGCACGGCAAUGUGAAAGAAGAAUUACGGUACAUUCCAAGCAAGCUCAAUCCGGCAGAUCACCUAACAAUCCCUGUUGAAGCACUUAAACCUUGGCAUCAAGGUCCUGAUUUUCUCAAACAACCGGAGAGUUCUUGGCCAAAGUUUGAUGAUGAGCUUGAAACCGACAGCGAAAUUUUAGAAAAGCCAAAACCCAAGGUAAAGAAGUAUCGCAGGGUAAAGGGUGUGCAUGCCGUUCAAACGGAAACAAGCAAAAGUAAAGACUUCGGAACCCGACUAGCAGAGAAACUUUCAUCCUGGAUGGACUCACUUGAAAUUGUCGCAUUGAGUAAGAUUGUUUUACGUCAAAAGACCUUUUCGUUCGUUGAAGAAAGCUCUGUCAACGUUGUGGAGGAGCUUGGCUCAGCAAAACAGAUUGUUAUUAAACUUUGUCAAGCAUCUUUGUAUGAGGACUUGGAGAAGACUCGACGAGAAUAUUUCAAACACGAUAUUCGUGUGAAUGCCUUUGGCGUCCUUCAAAGUGGGGGAAGAUUAGAUCAAUCAAAUUUACUUGACGAGUUAAAAUACCCCGUUAUCCUCCCUGCACGAAGUCAGCUGGUUCAUCUUUUGGCACAGCAUUGUCAUCGCAGGUUCAAACAUCAAGGUUAUAGAAUCAUUAUUGCUAAUCUUCGCCUGGAAGGAAUCCUAAUAGUCGGAGGAAGAAAGUUAUUGAAAUCUGUUGCUGCUCGCUGUUUCUUUUGCAGAACCAGAAGGAGAAAGUUACUUCAACAAAGAAUGGGAGAGCUUCCAUCAUUCCGAAUCCAACCCAAACUUGCUCCGUUUACUUCAGUUGCAAUGGAUUUCUCCGGACAUCUUAAAGUCAAACAAUCACGAAAUGUGGCUGUGAAUGGCUCAGUUCUAAUCAUUACUUGUGCAACUACUCGUUGUAUUCAUCUUGAACUGUGUUUAACUCAAGAUACCAAUUCAUUUUUAACAGCUUGGAGACGUUUCGCCACUUGUCGCGGUGUUCAUCCGUCUUUAGUAUUUUCAGAUUGCGGAGGAGCUUUCAUUGGAGCUGAAAAACCAAUCAGAGAGUGGAUAGAAGAAUGGGACAAGGAUUUGAUCAAAAGAUACCUUGCUAAGAGUGGCACCAAAUUUGAAUGGACGUACAACGUUCCAAGCGCAUCUCACAUGAAUGGUGUAGUUGAGUCACUUAUAAACUCAGUCAGGAAAGCAUUAGACGCGUCUGUUUUCAACUACACUUACACUCAACUUACAUAUGAACAGUGGGCGACAAACUUUCAGAGGUGA